CCGACAGCUGGGAAAGACCGAUAAACUUUGAGCGGACCCGGAGAAAAAUCCCUCUUUGUGGUGAGGGCCCUCUUGAGUGGUGGCGGAACUGGGCUCUGUGCGCCGGGAAAGGGAAGUGGAGAGCUCAGGUAAGGAAACAAAUGAAAAAGCCUCAUUGCUAUAGACAUACUCCUGUUAUCUCUGGGUUUGUGAUCGAGUCAUAUUCUGCAUUAUUCAUGGCAAGCUGCAGCCCUUGAAUGUACAAACCAACAGGAAGAGAUGAAAGGUCUCUGAAAGAAGAUGAAUUUGGCUGAGAUUUGUGACAAUGCAAAGAAGGGAAGAGAAUAUGCACUUCUUGGAAAUUAUGACUCAUCAAUGGUAUAUUACCAGGGGGUGAUACAGCAGAUUCAGAGACAUUGCCAGUCAGUCAGAGACCCAGCUGUCAAAGGCAAAUGGCAACAGGUUCGGCAGGAAUUAUUGGAAGAAUAUGAACAAGUUAAAAUUAUUGUCAGCACUUUGGAAAGUUUUAAAAUUGAUAAGCCCCCAGACUUCCCUGUGUCCUAUCAAGAUGAACCAUUUAGAGAUCCUGCUGUUUGGCCACCCCCUGUACCUGCAGAACACAGGUAUUUCUCUUACCCUCUGGGAAGGAAAAAUAUGCAAGAUGGCUCAAAUGAUGGUGACUUUCCAAAAUUUGAUGGUGCUGGAUAUGACAAGGAUCUGGUGGAAGCCCUUGAGAGAGACAUUGUAUCCAGAAAUCCUAGCAUUCAUUGGGAUGACAUAGCGGAUCUGGAAGAAGCUAAGAAGUUACUGAGGGAAGCUGUUGUUCUUCCAAUGUGGAUGCCUGACUUUUUCAAAGGGAUUAGAAGGCCAUGGAAGGGUGUGCUUAUGGUCGGCCCCCCAGGCACUGGUAAGACCAUGCUGGCUAAAGCUGUUGCCACUGAAUGUGGCACAACAUUUUUCAACGUCUCCUCUUCUACACUGACAUCUAAAUAUAGGGGUGAAUCUGAGAAGUUAGUCCGUCUAUUGUUUGAAAUGGCUAGAGUUUAUGCCCCCACCACGAUCUUCAUCGAUGAGAUAGAUUCUAUCUGCGGCCGAAGGGGAACCUCCGAUGAGCACGAAGCAAGCCGCAGAGUCAAGUCGGAGCUACUCAUUCAAAUGGAUGGAGUUGGAGGAGCCCUAGAGAAUGACGAUCCUUCCAAAAUGGUCAUUGUGUUGGCUGCUACGAACUUCCCGUGGGACAUUGAUGAAGCUUUGAGGAGGAGGUUAGAGAAAAGGAUAUAUAUCCCUCUCCCAACAGCAAAAGGAAGAACUGAGCUUCUGAAGAUCAAUCUUCGGGAGGUUGAAUUGGAUCCUGAUAUUCAACUGGAAGAUAUAGCAGAGAAGAUUGAGGGCUAUUCUGGUGCUGAUAUAACUAAUGUUUGCAGGGAUGCCUCUUUAAUGGCAAUGAGACGGCGAAUCAAUGGCUUAAGUCCAGAAGAGAUCCGUGCACUUUCUAAAGAGGAGCUUCAGAUGCCUGUUACCAAAGGAGACUUUGAAUUGGCUCUUAAGAAAAUUGCUAAAUCUGUCUCUGCUGCAGACUUGGAGAAGUAUGAAAAAUGGAUGGUUGAAUUUGGAUCUGCUUGAAUUUCUGUCAGCUCUUUCAUUUCUGAUAUUUUUGUUCAUAAAAUCGAAGAAAUCCUGCAAUUUUUUUGAAAAGUGGCUUGGAGCUUUUCAUGGAAGAGCUUUUCAUUUAAAGGAAAAAAAUCUAAAAUCACCAAAAGUGUAAAUGUAGUUGAAAAAUAGGAAAAGAUUACAUAGAGAGCCUGCUAGUCUCCAUCACCUGACUUUGUGCUGGUAUUUCACAUAUUUAUGCAUUAAUAUUACUCCCCAAACCAGCGUGUCAGGGAGGCUAAAGAAAGCAAUCAGUGUGCUACUGGAGACACUUGUUUACAAAAGAUUUAGAAGGACCUCUAUUUCUUACUUGUUUGUCAUUCUUUGUAUUUUUCUGGUCUUUGCUGUGAACGUGAGGGACCUAUAUAUGUUGACUUUUAACAUCAAAACUGGGUUUGUGUCAAAUCAUUAUUUAUUCUUGAGAAUGAUAGUUUGGAUUGAAUAGUGAAUUUGCUAGUUAAACCUUUCGAAUUCAACUAUUACUGUUAGAUCCUACCAUAGAGCUCAGAGUUUUUAGCCUCCGCCCACCAUUUCUUCCAUUAGCUGUUAUUGAACUUCAUGUCAGAGUAGCCUCAGGCUUUUAGUUUUUGAAUCAUUUGCCAAGUUGUUUUUCUGGUCUUUAGUAUUUUUUUGCUGUUACUUACAUUUCAUAUUGGAAGGGCAGGAAGAAUAAUAUGAUUGCAUAAGAUACACUUCUUCAUUCUUAGACCUUUACGUUUGUUUUCACUUUUCUUUCCAUGUGUCCAAACAGAUAACCUAAUUUUUUUUUCUCAGCUCCAACAUUGUUUGGUUUUUGCUGAAUUUGACUUUCGUAUUCUAAAUAAAUACUUUGGUAUUUGAAAUAAGCCAGCGCUCUUGUGGCUAAUACAAAACAAACAAAACAAAACCUUUAUAGUUUUCCAGACAGCUUAUUUAACAAAAUAACAUUGUACAUAAUGAAUGAUAUUAUUUUAAAAUUAUUUCUUGUCUGAGUUGGUAACUUGUACACAUAGUAAGAUUAGGAUAGAAAUCGGUCUCGCCAUUCAGUUCAGCACGAAUUAGACAACAGAAAAAGGCCAGAAAAAACAGAUGGCAUAUACCUAAUCAUGUGUAGAGUAGCCUGGUGUAAAAUUAAAAAUAAGUAAAUAUUUACCCUAUUUUGUUUGGGCUACCUGUGCUUUAAUGGUCAAGCUUUUAAAAAUUUGUCUUUGAUGAUAUCCUGAAUUCUCAAUUUUGGACAGCACCAAUAGGUGACUUAAAACUAAAAAUAAUAGAAAAAAACAAAAAACCUUUUGGACACUUAAAAAACAACUUAGUAUCUUGCUUAAGUGAUUUUUUUCCCCCUUUACUAAAAACGAAUUUUCAGAUAACUUUAAACUCCAGUAUUCAUCUAAUGCUGUAUGUAAGUCAUCACCAUUUCCUCUGAGGCAUAUGAGUUAAAGUCAUAAGGCAUCACUUUUAUUUUAAUUGCAAUUAUUCAUUUUACUUUAGGAGAAGUUUUCUUUUAUUCAUGAACUUUUUAAAUAAAGGAAUAAUCACACUAAGAUAAUCUUACAAAUAUUGCCAUCCAGUAACUUAUUUUUUUUCCCUGAAGUACUAGGGGCAUUCAUUAAAACAUUAGUGUUUUGUUUACCAGCAACUUGUUUGUAUAUUUGAUUAGUUAGAUUAAGUUUUCUAAGGCUUUGUGUUAUUUGUCUUGACAUACAUUCCAUUUUUUUUUCCUGAAUUCUUCAAGGAUAAUAACAUGGUAACUGUGACUUCUAAAAAUUCGCUUAAGCAGUAUUUGGAGACCCAGCUUCCUGGAAGCCUAUCUUUACUAUGUUAAGUAAGUCAGGUGUGUUUUUUAUUUCCCUUGUUUCUCAUUUUGCUCCAUCAGUGGAUGGUGAAAGGAUCCUGAGGAUCUCCCUCAGGUGUUCUCUCUACCCUUUACUGUACAUCAUAUGUCUUUAUUGCAGGACAGUAUGUUGCCUUACCUGGAAUGAGAGAAUCAGUGUGCUUUGCUUAGUUUCACUUUUUCUGUGUUGCAUUAACAAGUUAGAAAGAUUUGGUGUCUUUAAUUCGUCUGAAAACAUGAAUACUUUGGGUUCUGCAACACAGUGAUGUCAAGACUAAGUUUUGUAUAAUUCUGUCUCAUAGAUGUCUGAGCAGAUAGUUCCUUCAUUCAGUCGACUUGCAUUGGUUGCUUAUGUGUAUAAAAGCCAGAGCAGGGGGAGCUCUGUAGUUCAGUGUUGGACCAGGCAGUGCAGGUCCAACUAGGCACUUUAUGUAACUGCACUAUGUAGCCUCUGGCCCCAGCUAACUAAAUAGUUCAGAUCAUAAAUGGAGAGGCACAGUGAUCUAUGUGUACUUUGGAAAGAUAAAAUAUAUGUUUUCCUCUAUUUAAAAUCUGUUUUAAAAUUAGAACUGAUAUCCAUUUGUUUGACCAAUAUAACUAUUAAUACAGUCAGCCAUUUUCAUGAAACAUCAUUGUCAUUCCCCAGGCUACAUGUUUGUUGUAAAGACGUACACAUGUGAUUGUGGUAAACAUGUAUACAUGUUACAUGCAUAUUGUAAGUAUUUUGCUCUCAUAAUUCCUUUAUUUUUUUAAAGGAAAUUAAUAUUGAUGAAAUGUACCUGACAAGCAACUCUUUAACAUAGGCUGAAACCUCCUAGUCAUCCAAGUAGAAAAUAGACUUAUGGCAUCACAGACUUUAUCUUCUAGUCAUUAGCAGUGUAGGCACUCCAGAAUGACCAAAACACACUUUGGGCUUGGACCUGUACCUCCAAAAAUGCCAAGAGAACUUGGAAGAGGAAAUGUGUUGUGGUCUAGCCACCUAACUGGGGGCUUCAUUUGAGCUCCUGAGAUUGCAAUUUUUAUGAUGGGCUAUCUGACUGUCAAGAGUAGGGUGAAGCCAUAAUUCAAAAAGUAAGCGUGCAAAUAUCUGGUGAAUCUACUAUGAACAAACAUCCUGAUACAUCAGGAAAAAAAUAUGUGUAUACAUAUGUGUAUAAUUGUCACUCUUUGACUUUAUUAGGUGUAGCCUGACUCUGUUGAACAUGAAAUUAUUGAUACUCUAGGUUUUGAACAGCUUGGAUUUGUUUGGAUUCCUUCCUUGGAAGUUUCUGUAUACGCCGUCAAUCCAUAAAACAGAACCCAGUUGGCACAGUUAGGUCUCAGUACCCCCACUCUCACCUGGGGUGAAGUGAGGACAGGUAGCUGCUCUGUGUUGUGUGGGCUUCGGCCCCCUCAGUAUUGUUUUGAUCAUCGAGUCUUUUUUGCAUAAGGGUAGAUUCCCACUCUUACUUUACUACCGAUAAAUCGCCUUAGGGUGUGUAUCCUGCAAGAUAGGCCAUAAAUGGUUAAGGAUGUUUGCUGGCCUUUUCUAAGAAAGGGCCUAAGCUUAUAUGAGGAAACAGUAGUAAUUAUUCUUUUAACAUUUUUUCUAUCUUUUGUUCCUUAACUGUUUUCAUUGUGUAUUUUUUACAUACCACUUAAGUUGUGAUGUACAUAAUAUUUAUGUGAAUCUAAGAAUCUGAAACAAUAGGAAAGAGUAGGAAUUACAAUUAAGGGCAUGUUAGAGGAAAAAAUAUUUAAACCCCCAAAAGUUUUAUUCUCACCUCUGCUAAUUAUUUUUGCAGUGGAAGCUAAAACCUCUGUUAUAAUUAGUUUACUUAUUUGUACUUUUAAAUUAGACUUUUCGUAUUUACUUAAUUUUUCAAGAAUACUUGCUUUUAAUAUUAGCUCUUAAUGAAGAAACUGAGUAUUUUAAAAAUAAAAUUACUGAGAUAAUAUGUUUUUAAACAUUCACAAUAAUUCUUUGAAUUUUUAUUAGGAUUUUUGGCUCGGACAAUUCUUUGCUUUAUUGAUACUUCUAAAUUUCCAGGUGACUUGUUAAUAAAAACAGGAAAGAUAUUAAGGUAAUGUCACAAAAUGUGUUCCUAUUUUACCUUCCUCAUUUCUUAGUUGACCUUAUUUUAUAUAUACAUAAAUAACCCGGGCAUGGGUUUCUCACCAGCGGCAUAUCGGUUUUUGUACAUUUGGAAAUUUGGCACAACGAAUGAAGAACUAAUCUAGAUGUUUCCUUCCUAUAGAAGGGCUUCCGUUUUACCUUUAAGUUCAAAACUAUAAAAUGCACUUUUGUUUUACCACCUGUGAAAUAACUAAAUACGUCCUUUGGAAAACCUGAAUUUUUGCACAUGUUACUUUCAGAGUCUACCUCGGUUACCCAGGCUUAGUUUUAGGCAGGAAUGAAGUAAAACCAUAUUUAAAUUCAGUUCAUCAUCUAUGCAGAUUUGUUCCAGCACUUCAUUCUCUUUCCUCUUGCUCUCCUCCCAUUAAUUUUGUUUUUAACCCUGAAACUAAAAAAAAAUGUUUGUCACUCUUCCUCUGGCAAAGCCAUAUAUUCCAUAUUAAGCCUCUGUGAAGUGUCUGAGUUGUUCUUCCCCUCUUUGUUUGAGCCACUUCAUUAUUUGGAUGUAUUGCACUUCAAGGGACAGUUUCAAACACAAUACACAUCCCCCUAUUUUUCACAGCUUCAUAAAUACGAACUGAUGUGACAACAGUAAAAAUCUUGGAACCCAACUGUUCCUGUGCCCAUUCUCUAAGAACCUAAGAACUUCAUGAAGACACUCAGGAGUGGACACAUAGCUCUUCCUCCAGUGGUGCAGGUAGCAGACAGUCUAGGUUAACGUUGUGUGGAUGUGAUGUCCGGUGAGACCACUGCAUGUGGCCCUGGUUUGUAAGCGUGUGGUUGAGAUUCUGGAUUCAGUGUUUGUCUCCAGUAUUUUGAACCUAAUUUAAAGAAAAGAUUUUUCUAAAUUGUAUUUAUUAAAUGUGCUCUUCUGAUUACGUUUUGUGCUGCUACUGUGCUAGUCUCAAGAGCUUAGUCAUGUUUGUGCGUAGGUUGUAAUUUGGUAAUAAAUUUCUAGAAGGUU